GCCAAAUUUCAUGUUCAGUGUACAGCAUUGAACUUGAACUUGAUGUGGCGAACUUGAAACUCGAUACGUUCAUUGUCUAUUUACCGUUAAGCUCAGCUCUUCACAGCGUGCCUGAGGACCGAGCUGUUGUAUAAGGCUCAUGCUUGAAUGUUGGCGUAGAGCGUGUCUUGAAGUCUUCCAGCGGAACCUAAGGUCGCACAAUGCAUUGCGUAGAGAAUUCUCCUCUUCAGCAUGCAGGUAUGCUGUCGCUAAGCCGAAGAUAAAUAUGGAGGAAUUCCCAUGUGAUGCUAUCAGAAAUUUUUCCAUAAUCGCUCACAUUGAUCAUGGAAAGUCCACGUUGGCUGAUCGGUUACUCGAGCUCACAGGCACCAUAGACAAGAAGGAUCGGGGUCUCAAUCAGCAAGUCCUCGACAAACUCAAAGUCGAGCGAGAACGAGGAAUCACUGUCAAGGCACAGACUGCUAGCAUGAUUCACACACACGAAGGAAGGAAGUACCUGCUAAACCUAAUCGACACUCCCGGCCAUGUCGAUUUUGCAUGGGAGGUCUCACGAUCAAUGGCGGCUUGCCAAGGAGCUUUGCUUCUUGUUGACGCUACACAAGGUGUUCAAGCACAAUCAAUCUCGGUAUUCCAUAUUGCAAAAGAACGAGGAUUGACAAUUAUUCCUGUAUUGAACAAGAUUGACCUACCUGCUGCCCAACCGGAGAUAAUUGCUGCGCAAAUGCAAUCAACUUUUGGUAUCAAUCCGGAAGACUGUUUACAUAUAUCUGCAAAGAGCGGCAAGGGUGUGGAGAAGGUGUUGGAUGCUAUUCUUGCACGAAUACCUCCUCCGCGGGCGGAUGCGAAUGCGCCACUGAAAGCCUUGUUAUUUGAUUCGUCGUAUGAUCGAUACCGAGGUGUUAUUUCUUUGGUUAAUGUACAAUCAGGGGUCCUACGGAAAGGCGACAAGAUUGCUUCAUGUCAUACUCGCAAGAAGUACGACAUCAUUGAUCUUGGUAUAAUGCAUCCCGAGGAGGUUUCCACAACGAGCCUUAGACCUGGUCAAGUCGGCUACAUUGCUUGCAAUAUGAAGGAAUCCUCCGAGGCACACAUUGGUGACACGCUACAUCGUGUUGGAAGCCCAGUAGAGUCCAUGCCUGGGUUCAAACCUGCUAAAGCAAUGGUCUAUGCCGGUGUCUUCCCUGUGGAUAGUAAUGAUUUCCCUAAGCUCGAAGAGUCAAUCAAGCGGCUAACACUCACGGACCGAAGUGUAGAAGUGACGAGAGAAUCAUCAACGGCUCUGGGUCAAGGUUGUCGUCUUGGGUUUCUGGGAACAUUGCACAUGGAAGUGUUUCGCCAACGGCUUGAAGAUGAAUACAACUCCAGUGUGAUCAUCACUGCACCCACCGUCCCUUACAAAGUUGUGUACAGGGACAGGACGGUAAUGGUUAGCAACCCAACUGAUUUCCCGGAUCCUGAGGCCAUGAUCAAGGUCAAGGACAUUCAAGAGCCUAUCGUCAGCACAACCAUCAUCGUACCUCAAGAGUACUUGGGUGAGAUGAUGGAUCUGUGCUACACCCAUCGCGCAGAAGACCUGGACCAUCGCUACUUGGACAUAUCUGGUGAUUCCGCAAGGAUCAUUUUAACUUGCAUCAUGCCUCUGAGUGAAAUUGUGACCGACUUUUUCGACAAACUCAAGAGCCGCAGUUCGGGUUUUGCUAGUUUCGACUAUGAGGAUGCUGGUUACAAAGCGAGCAACUUAUCCAAGAUGACCUUCCUGCUCAACGGCCGCCCAGUGGAUGCCUUGGCUCUUAUUGUUCACCGGACGGCCGAACAAGAAGUGGGCAGGGCAUGGGUAAAGAAACUUCAUAAAGUCAUCCCACGUCAACUAUUCGAAGUUCCUAUCCAAGCAGCUGUGGGCAGGAGGAUUAUUGCUCGAGAGACACUGUCCGCAUACCGCGCGGAUGUUACGGCAGGACUUUACGGGGGGCAUUAUGAGCGCAAGCUGAAACACCUGGAAAACCAGAAAGAGAGCAAAAAGAAAAUGAAGAAAAUCGGUACUGUCGAGUUGCCACAGGAGGCCUUCUACGAUAUUCUCAAGACAUGACAGUGAUAUAUGAGAGAGGCUGCCUAAUCGCUACAGUCUUCGUCACGAUUUAUAGACAUGUAUACAAUACAAAUUCUAUAAUCAAUAAGCCGGCAACUCAAAGUCCACACGCCCCCUGUCGCAAUCGCUGUUCUCAGCAUGUGGACGGACAAGCCCAGACAGUGCAAGUCGGGCAGUCUAAAUACAUAUGUAGUCGUUGCCUAGCUAUGUCUGGCAUGAAUAUGUCCGAGGAGGUCGCUACCGUGAUGACAAGAGGCCGGAGGCCGAUGUCCAAGAAGUCAAACGAUUACAAUUCAUGGUCGUCGUCAUCAUACGUCUCUUUGAUCAAUCUGUGCAAACACUCAUGAGAAGACAGCCCAAAAUGUACCAAUCAAUGCCUACCUGUAGACAGAUGACGGUGGAUGGUCACCGCUACCGAAGGAAAUUAGAAUGGCAAUGCAAUGGAACUGAGAUAUCAGGAGGACUCACUCGUUGGUGAUAAACACAUCCACCAGCUCGGGUCCGACAUAAUCAUAAUACGGAUUCAAAACAUCCACCUUAUCCACCAAAUUCCCCUCUUCGAAACCUAAUACACUACUUGGGUCCGCGAAGUCUAAGGCUCCAAAGUCAUGGUACAAGUUCC